CUGCGCAGCUGGUGCACGCGAGGCGGAUAACUCUGCGUUGUUUCCGUUGUAGCGGAUUGAGAUUCUGCAAAACUUAUGGAUAGCUGACAUUUACGACGUUGGAUCAUCGUAACACAUACUGAACUUACGUGCACGUGGUUUUAUUUUUGUUCCUUUACUUCCUCCUCCUAACCCCCGAGUAGCAUUUUGUCCUGAACGCUUUUCUGUCCAAACCAUUGACCUCCUUGAUGAUCCGCGUGCCGCGUGUUUCUCCGCUCAACCGUAAACAUUUGGCCAGCAUGGACCAGCUCUAAUGGCAUUAUAAUGGACUGUAAGCUUUUGUCUGGCAGUUGGGAUCAGCCCGUUGUAGGUUUAUUAUAACAACAGAUCUCUAUUCGUCGCGCGCGCGCGCGCCAGCCUGUUGUUAACGCACAAAGAUGGGCUCGGAGAAGCCAAACUUUUUGUCACAGCCAGUCGUGAAGAACAUUUUCAUGUUUCGAAACGGUGACCCGUACUAUGAGGCUCGUCGUAUCGUCAUAAACCAAAAGAGGGUUUCCAACUUUGAGACUUUGCUGAGGGAGGUGACCGGCGGGAUACAAGCCCCGUUUGGAGCGGUGAGAAACAUCUACACACCGAGAGGAGGCCACAAGGUGGACUGUUUGGAGAGCCUGCGGAGCGGAGAGCAGUACGUCGCUGCUGGGAGGGAGAGAUUCAAGAAGAUGGAUUACCUACAGAUUGGCUCUAGAAAGAGGAGGAUGCUGCAGAGUCUUCACCUGCCGCCCAAACCACUCCCACAGAAUCGAAUCGUUGUGUCCGCUCGAUUUCUGAAACCCAUCAAGGAGCCGUGUACAAUAUUCGUGGUUGCAAAUGGUGAUGUUUUAAACCCCGCCAUGAGGCUGCUGAUCCACCAGAGGAUGCUGGGCCAGUUUGACAGAAUACUAGAGAUGAUCACGGAGAAGAUGGGUUUGAGAGUCCUGGGGGGUGUCCGAAGUCUCUACACCUAUGAGGGACACCAGGUGACUGAUGGGAAUCAGCUGGAGAGCGGUCAGCUUUAUGUGGCUGUGGGAAGAGAAAAGUUUAAGAAGCUGGCCUACAGUGACCUGCUCUUCACCAAACCAAGAGGGACAAGGAGGGUCAAUGGAAUGAAAGCCUACUCUCUUCCACCUAUCUACAGAUUCUCCAAGCACAAUGGAAAUAGUAAAUCCACGGUUCAAUAUAGUGACAGUGGAGACUCCAAGGCCUCCCCUCCAGGCCACAGCGGAAACAACAAGGAACACCUGGCCUCCAUCGUCAGAGAAAUCUCUCAGGCCAGACUCCUCUCGCUCAGGAAGAAGAGGAGCGGACAAAGCAUGACCCUCGGCACCUCUGACAAUGAUGACCUGGAGUCAAAGGUUGAUGAUGGAAACACUGACAACAAAACACCUCAAGACCAGCCAGCUGAAGAGAAACCUGCAGAUAAUGAUGCGAAAGCCACAGAGGAGAAUGGUUUAAAGGAAGGCGAGCAGGACGAGGCUGCUGCUGAAAACACCACAAAAGAAGACACUUUGGCCGGCAAAGAAGAGAAGGAGGAAAACCAGGAGAGAAAUAGUGAAACUGGGGGAGGGGAAGAGGAAAAGGAAAGUAAAGAGCCAAGUAAUGAGAAAGCAGACAAAUCAACAGUGGGACCUGAGGAGGUGAAGGAGGAGGUAAAGGAGGAAGUAAAGGAGGAGAUGAAGGAGGAGGUAAAGGAGGAGAUGAAGGAGGAGAUGAAGGAGGAGGUAAAGGAGGAGGUGAAGGAGGAGAUAAAGGAGGAAGUAAAGGAGGAGGUAAAGGAGGAGGUGAAGGAGGAGGUGAAGGAGGAGGUGAAGGAGGAGAUAAAGGAGGAGGUAAAGGAGGAGGUAAAGGAGGAGAUGAAGGAGGAGAUAAAGGAGGAGGUAGAGGAGGAGGUGAAGGAGGAGGUCCUGGAUGAGAGUAAGGAGGAGGUUAAGAGUGAGGAGCAGGGGUCCAGCAGUAGCAACGGUGAUAAGAGCCAGGAUAGUAAAGAGAAAGAGGAUGGAGGCCAUACAUCUUCUGAGGGUGAAAAGGAUGAGCAAGUUAAAGGAGAAGGAGAAGAGAAGCAAGAUAAAGAUGAUGAAAAGGGGGAGGAAAGCACUGAGGACCAAAAUAAUGAUGUAGACACAGAAAAGGAACAGAAAGAGACAGAGAGCAGCAGUGACCCAGGGAACACUCAGUCAGAUAACGAGACAAAAGAGAACGAUAAUGACAGAAGCAACAAUAGCAACAGUAACCAGGAGGAAGAUGCGAGCAAAACAAAAGAGGGAGAGUUGGGAGAAGAGGAGAGAAAGGUGAAUGGAGAGGUCAGUGGAGAAGAUGAUCAGGUGGAAAGUGAAGCAGAGCUGGACAUGGAGGGGAACAGUUCAGCCAGCAAAGAUACCAAAGCAAAUGGAGAGAAAGGGGAGGAUGGUGAUAAAGAAAAGCAGGAGAACAGCACAAAAGAGAAGGAUUAGGAAAGAGAAGUUAUUGGAUGAGCAGUGCUGAAAAUAGGAAGCAAUAUUUUACAAUACAAUAUAAAAAUAAAGAAGGUGGCAGAGCAAAUUCAUGGAAAGUAAAGAAAGCCUUGAGUGCAGAUAUUUAGUACAUGGCCUUGUAGAAGUUGCACUGAAAAGAAGAUAGUUCCACAACGCUGAGCAAGUAAUAGAAUCUUUGAAUGGCUGACUGCUAAAUGAUGGCAAGUACAAAAACUGUUAUUAUUAACUACUAUUAUCAUACAAAUUUCAGGUAUGUAUUCAAAAGCUAUUCAUCAAAACACUAUCCAUGUCUGAAAGAGACAAAAGAAAUAAAAGCUAUACUGAUAUAUUUUUUUAUUUUCCAUUGAGACAUACUGUUAACUCUUGGGCUGCUUUGUUGUUUCAGUAUACACUGUGAGCACUGUAGUGAGUGAUGCAGGGAAAUAGAAAUAUAUAAAGCUGCAGUCAUACAUUAUGUUUAAAUCCAAAAAUAUAAGUUUAUUUUUAACAGGCAUAAUUCUGCUAGCUGCUUAUUUUGAAAGAGGGCUUUUGUAUGUAUGAUAUUUUUUCUAUUUCCCAAAGCAAGUGAUACAAAUGAGCCUUUUAAGUGAGUACAAUAAGCUAUAUGUAAUACUGUAUGUGUCUGAAUAUUAAGCUAAAUUAUAUGAUGAAUUAAUUUGAGAGUCUUCUUUGUAAAGCUGUUCCAAAUCAUAAUCCUUCAUUAUUUAGUCAUUAUGUCUCAUGAAUAUUUGUUUGUUUAUUUAUUUAUCUUAUACCAAAAAAUCCUGAAAAUUAUAGUUAGGCAUCUUUAAAAGAUGCUUUAUUGUAACAGACUUUUAUGCCUUUGUCAGUUCAUUAUAAAAUUAUGCUUAAUCAAUUUGUCAAAAAAAUAAAAAUAAAAACAAUACUUGGA